GCCGAUAUGAUCGGCGAUGUUAUGGAGGAGAAAGGUUAUCAUCUUCAGGAUCCCUGUGAUUGUGACCGCAGUGUCCCCUACUUUAAUCCCCAUUGACUGUCUGUUGCUGAAUUCGAGACAUCCGAAAAACUGAAAAGGGCAAUAAUUACCUCUGUGCUUGCUAUCAAGCUGCAGUCGCACCAAAAGGCAGCACUGACAUUCUUGCGGAGAGUCAAAACCAUGUACCAACGUAUGUAUUCAAGUCUUGAGAUCUCGGUAUCUAAUUGAAAAUGGCGUUGGAGACUCCCCAAUACUUCGACGGACCAAAAUGGAUCUUCAGUGCCACCUAUAUGGAGAGGGGAGAUCCUCACCGACGAUAUGGGUAUGGGGAAGACUCUUAGUAUGAUCGCUCUGAUAGCAAGCGAAAAGAAUCCGUCAUUGCGUAAAUUAGAAUCGUCUGGGGCCACGAGAACCAUGCGAGGAACCGGUUCUACGCUCGUCAUUGUGCCUUCCCCCAGUAAAAGUUUUUAG